UCUUGGAAAAAAGCAGACGAAAAAAUACCAGGCAUUGACUACUACUAUGUCGGAGCUAUUGCUCUGGUUAGCCCGGGAAAGGCUGCGUGGUUUAAUUUUGGCAGAAGAAUCAGCUCCAUCGAUUUUAUCAGUAAGCGAACAUUUAGAUGCUUUACCAGGAGAGCUAAAUCGGUUGCAGCUUUUGUUAAAAGGCAGCAAUAAGAUUCAACAACACACAAAUGGUGCAAGGGAAAUUGAGAUACGAGUUAGGCGAAUUGAAUAUCUCGUUUAUCGAAUGGAAGAUGUUGUAGAAAAAUCAAGAGGAAGCUCGUCUAAAAUGGGGUUAGUUAAAGGUAUAAAAACGAUGUUUAUCAGAGAUGCUGCACUUACUCUCCAGCAGAUUAGAUCCGAGAUUGAGCUCAACUGCGAGCAAAUCAGAAUUGCUUAUAAUGCAGUUAAUAAGAAGGAAGAUCAAGGUCAACCGAGAAGUUCUCCUAUUUUGCCCCAACAACUAUUUGGUAUUGAGGAGGACAAGAAGAAAGUGCUUGGAGUUACGUUAUCUGGAGUCGGGUCCGACAUCCCUGAGUCGUCUUCCCGCUCGGGGUCCGGCUUCCCUGAGUCGUCUUCCCACUCGGGGUCCGUCAUACCCGAGUCGUCCUCCCACUCGGGGUCCGGUAUCCCCGAGUCGUCUUCCCACUCAGGGUUCGGCAUACCCGAGUCGUCUUCCCACACAGGGUCCGGUAUCUCCAAGUCAUCCUCCCACUCGGUGUCCAGUAUCCUCGAGUCGUCCGCUCACUUGGUGCCCGGUACCCUCAGGUCGGCCCUCCACUUGGUGUCCGACAUCCCCCCGUCGUCCUCCCACUCGGGGUCCGGCAUCCCCGAGUCGUCGUCCCACUCUGUGUCAGACAUCGUGGAGUCGUCCUCCCACUCGGCCUCCUGCAUCCCCGAGUCGUCAUCCCACUCCGUGUCCAGCAUCCCCGAGUCGUCCUCCCACUCAGUGUCCUGCAUCCGCGCGUCGUCCUUCCACUCGGUGCCCCACAUUCCCGAGUCGUCCUCCCACUCGGUGCCCAACAUUCCCAAGUCGUCCUCCCACUCGGAGUCUUGCAUCCCCGAGUCGUCCUCUCACUCGGUGUCCUACAUCCCCGAGUCGUCCUCCCACUCGGUGUCCUGCAUCCCCGAGUCGUCCUCCCACUUGGUGUCCUGCAUCCCCAAGUCGUCCUUCCACUCGGUGUCUGGCAUCCCCAAGUCGUCCUCUCACUUGGUGCCCAACAUCUCCGAGUCAUCCUCUCACUCGGUGUCCAACAUCCCCGAGUCGUCCUCCCACUUGGGGGUCUUGGUCAUCCCAAUAUUUGGAGUUGUUGGCUCGGGUAAGACAACUCUGGCUAAUGUAAUUCUCAAUGACCAACUUGUUACUGGUAACUUUAAGUAUCGCAUCUGGAUUUAUGUACCCGACAAUUGUAAAAGCAAGGAUAUACUUCGACAAAUACAUGAACAGAUCGAUGGAAAGAACGGAAACAUGUUGUACUCGGAAGAACAAUUACUUGAGGAGAUUAGCAAAAGCCUUAAAUCUCAGAGGAGCUUAAUUGUCCUAGAUGACAUACGGUCCAUUGAAGCUUGGAAAACGCUGCAUAUAACAUUGCCACGGCUUAAUAAAGGUAGCAAAAUACUAGUGACAACCCGGGAAGUAUCUGUAGCUGAAUACAUAUCCGAAAAGCAUGCCUUCCAUAACAUGAGGACCUUGAACGAGAAUGAAGGCUGGGAUUUGUUUACUCAAGUGUUCUCUCCCCAGUAUCCAGCGGAAGAAAAGAUGGUAAUGGUGAGGAAAAUGGUAGGAUCUUGUAAAGGCGUGCCACAGCUUAUCAAGGAACUUGCAUUUUACUUGGCACCUAAACCAGCGGAGGAGUGGGAGAUAGUGUAUAAAAAUAUCCAAACAUAUGUAUCCGCAUUCUUUUCUACGAUUUAUAGUGAGUUAUCAGAUCACUUAAAACCGUGCUUUCUUCACUUGGGUCAGUUCUCAGAAGAUGCAGAAAUAGAAACCGAAAAGUUGUUUCAUCUGUGGAAGAUUGAAGGCUUUUUAUCCACAAAAGAACGUGCUAGAGGGGAGAGAAUGAUGGACCUGAUGGAACGAUAUCUGAAAGAACUGGCACAUAUUAACAUCAUAGGGUUGCAACAAGAGGAAGUUCCUACUGAAAAGAAAUUCAAGGCUUGCCGUUUUAUUGGAGGAAUAAAAAACUUAUGUGUCUCAUGGGGUGAACAAAAAUGUUUUCUCAAAAUUGUAAAUUUAAGAGAAAAUGAUUGUUCGCUCUCAUCUGAAACAUUACCACCUCGACUUGUCAUAUAUCAGGGUGACCAUGAACUUGCUGUUGCUUAUGAAGUUGCUAAUAAUGUUCGGAGUCUUCGAGUUGUUGGUGGAAACAGGAAGCAAUUUGAAAUGCUUAAUAUUAAGGAUUUCAGAGUGCUCAGAAUUCUUGAUGUUGAUGGGAUUAAUUUUCAAGGACAGAAACUACCGGGGGGUAUAUCUAAUCUGGUGCUCUUGAGGUAUCUGAGUGUCAAAGGGUGUGUCCUCGAGGAAUUGCCAUCGUCUAUUGGCAAGUUGGUGCACUUGCAAGUACUUGAUCUGAGAGUGAAAGAAUCAACCGAAAUGAUAGUUAUAGACGUGCUAUGGAAGAUGAGGAAAUCAAAACAUUUAUAUCUUCCAUCAAAGUUUCGGACUCAAAAAGGAGAAAAGUUGCGAUUAGAUGGCUUGAAGGAGCUUGAAACUAUCGAGAAUUUCAAUACAAGGGUGUGCAAGGUUAGCGAUGUAUCCAAAUUUCCCAAGAUCCGGUACUUGGCAGCAAAGAUAGAAGGGAAUUUUGAGGAUUUCAAGUCAAUCAACAGCUACAUGAAAACUUCAAACAACUGGUUUUGUGCUUCCAUUGAUAUCGUUGAUUUGGAUUGCUACUCGGAGGAAAGGCAUUCAGUUUUACAAGAAUUUUUAUGGUGUGAAGUACUUCAAAUAUUGCACUUCAAAGGACAUAUUGGUCACUUACCACCAUAUGAUGAAAUCUCUCAGAAAUUCACUCAGUUAGUACUUAAUAAUUCUCAUCUUAAAGAAGAUCCUAUGGCAACCUUGGAAAAGCUUCCUAAUUUAGGGCGUCUGAUCCUCACUGAUGAUGCUUAUAUGGGGAAGAAAAUGGUCUGCUCUGCUUCAGGUUUUCGUCAACUCAAACAUUUAGAACUCGUGAAUUUGCAGUUACUGGAGAAAUUUGAGGUGAAUUGUACAGCUAUGCCUAUAGUUUCCGUCCUAAAAAUCACAAACUGCGAGAGAUAUGAUCGUGUCAUCCCUGAUUGUCUCAACGACCGUUCGUCCCUGCACCACCUUAAAAUUUUCCUCAGCUAGUUUCACUAUACCCCACUUAUGGGUAUAUACUGGGUAUGUUAUUGUUGGAGAAAAUGACGUUGUAUAGCCGCUCUCAAAAUAAUAGCAGAAAAAGU